GUUGUGGGGUGUCCGAAGUAAUUGUGGGCGGCAAGCAAGACACCAUCAGCCAAAGGGUCUAUGGCAACGUUGAAUAUAGCUGUCUGCUUCUCUCUUUUACCCAUGUGAAUUUACCAAUCAGGAAACGUCUGUUCUCUGUAAUUAAGUUUUACCUUGUGAGAGCGCGAAGACCUCUCCACUCUUGCUUGCGUGUGUGACUGGAUGUGCCGGAGAGAUGUGGAGGUUUACAAACAUCAUAGCUUGCAUUGUCCUCGUGCUGUUCAAGGACGUCACUGCUCAAAACAAGAUCUUCGGCGAGACGGAGCCGGUGCGGAUGACGUCAGAGGGCUCGGACUGCCGCUGUAAGUGCAUCAUGCGUCCGCUGAGCCGCGACGCCUGCGCCCGGCUGCGCAGCGGGAGCGUGCGCGUGGAGGACUUCUACACCGUGGAGACGGUCAGCUCCGGCUCCGACUGCAAGUGCUCCUGCACCGCGCCGCCCUCCUCCCUCAACCCCUGCGAGAACGAGUGGAAGAUGGAGAAGCUGAAGAAGCAGGCCCCGGAGCUGCUGAAGCUGCAGUCGAUGGUGGACCUCCUGGAGGGAACGCUGUACAGCAUGGACCUUAUGAAGGUCCACUCCUACAUCAACAAGGUUGUCUCUCAGAUGAACAACUUGGAAGAGACCAUCAAGACAAAUCUGACACGAGACAAUGACUUUGUGAGGGACAGUGUGGUCACCCUUUCGAACCAGCUGAAGCGCUAUGAGAACUACUCAGACAUCAUGGUGGGCAUAAAGAAAGAGAUCUCCAGCCUGAGCCUACAGCUGCUACAGAAAGACGCCCCUGAAAACAAGGCCCAGGAAACUUCUGGAGAAAAGACCGCCAAGUACCCAACCAAAAAGGCACCUGGGUCCAAACCACCCCCCAAGCCCCCCAAGGAGAAGAUAGUGAAGCCCAAGAAAGAGACGGUGAAACAAGUGAAGCCGGCCAAGCCAGACCCCACAGCCAAGGCCAAGCCAGCCGGACACCAGCCGGGGGUCAUCAGGGGAAUCACCUACUACAAGGCAGCCAAGAUGGAUGACACUGAGCUUGGCGGAAGCAGUAAAGAGAACACAGGCAAAGGCCAGGCGGCCCAGGAAACCAAAGAGGCCGUCUCCGAGGACGCCAGCUCUGAAGUCAUCCUGGAAGCUACAGAGGCCCCCACAGCUCCACCGACAACAACUACAACCACAGCAAGCACCACAACUACCACUGCCUCCACCACCACCACUACCACCACCACCACGACUGCAGGCAGACCAGAGAGGCCAGCACCAACCAUUCUGCUGGUGCUGGACAAUUCUGACAACAGCAGCCGGUUCAUUCCCAACAAAUCAGUGAAAGAUGUGGACUGUGAAGGGACCAUAGCUUCAGUUGAGCCCCCGGAGAAACAGCACAGCUAUGGACGCAAUGAGGGAGCCUGGAUGAAGGACCCUGUCGCCAGGGACUCCAAAAUCUAUGUUACCAACUAUUACUAUGGCAACAACUUGGUGGAGUUCCGGAACCUGGAGAAUUUCAAGCAAGGGCGAUGGAGCAACCUGUACAAACUUCCAUACAACUGGAUCGGCACUGGUCAUGUGGUGUACAAUGGUGCCUUCUACUACAACCGGGCCUUCACCAAGAACAUCAUCAAGUACGACAUGAAGAUGCGCUACGUAGCAGCCUGGACCCUCCUGCACGAUGUGGUCUAUGAGGACACCACCCCCUGGAAGUGGAGGGGCCACUCGGACAUCGACUUCGCCGUGGACGAGACCGGGCUCUGGGUUAUCUACCCAGCGGCAGACUAUGACUACUCCCAGCAGGAGGUGAUUGUCAUCAGCAAACUGGACCCUAGCGACCUAUCGGUGAAGAAGGAGACCACCUGGAAGACAGGUCUGAAGCGCAACUCUUAUGGAAACUGCUUCAUCAUCUGCGGUGUGCUGUACGCCAUCGACGUCUACAACCAGAAAGAGGGCGAGGUGUCGUACGCCUACGACACCCAUACCAACACGGAAGCUGUUCCACAUCUGCCCUUCACCAACGAGUAUGCCUUCACCACGCAAAUCGACUACAACCCAAAAGAGAAGGUGCUCUAUGCCUGGGACAAUGGGCAUCAGCUAACGUACAACAUCAACUUUGUGGGGCAGUGAGCAACGUGGGGGUCUUCUGUGCACCUCCAUCAACUCCAUCCUAUCACCAAGCACUUUUUUAUUUUUAUAUUUUUUUAUUUUUUGAUGCUAUUUGUUUGCUUGUUUUUGUGAUUUUUUUGUUUCAGUCAACAGCAUUAUCUGCAGUGUCUGUGUUCCUUAAACAAGUGUUUUUAAAGGAAGAAGUGAUGCUUCCUUGAAAAGAUAUAAACACAAUUUAUUUAGUUUUUGUAUUUUUAUAUUUAACCCCUGGAUUCAAUCAGAUUUGUGACUUUGGAAUGCAGGCUUCUUUUCUUCAAACAGUUAAUUCCUCAACUAAAUCAUUGCAAAUAUGUUUGUUUCUAUGGAUAAAGAAGCAAGCACAUUAGUUAGUCAAAGUUGAAUCCAGGGAUAAGGGAACAAGUCAAACUGCAGCACUCAGCUGUAGCCAUAGGUUUUACAACAUGAAUCAAUUAAAGGAACAUUGUCAAGACAAGACAGCAGUUCUGUUGUCAAUUGGUCAAAUAUUUGUGGUGCUUUAGCAAGACAUCUUUGCUGACUGAUUUUACCCCUGUCUUCUAACAAAGGGACUGGAUGGACAUUCUCUUGCAAAAAAUGUCUGUAGUACUGUAAAUUAAUUGUUAGUUUGAUAACCAAUAAUUGUUCAGAGGGCUUACAAAUAAUAAGCAUAUGCACACACACACACACACACACACAUACACAGUCAGGCAGACACCCAUACAAUUUGGAGAAUGAAUACCUAGCAACACUAUAGGUUUAGGGGAAUGAAGGUAGCCCAUAUUUACAAAUAGGCACACAUUUUUAGUAUGUUCAGUAUUGUCAGAGGUAAUAACUUUAAAAUAACAUUUCAUUUUAUAAGUACAGCAAUUAUAAAACAUUCUUAUUCAGUGAUUUUAACAUGUCAUUUUGUAAAAUAGUUUUGUUUUGUAAAUAAGAACGUCAGUAUGCAUUUGUUAAAUAAAAAUACAGUUUUUAUGCUAAAUGUAGGUGUGAUAAUAAAUAUUUGCUACUUCACAUUUCAAUUAUGCAAUAUUUAUUCAGGAGUGAACUGAAAAUAUCUUUGUGUUACGUCUAAAAGUUUGACCAGAUAUGUUUGAUAUUAAACAUUUGGAUAUUUUACAGAAAAUGCUGUGCAUAAUUUAGUUGUUGAUGUUUCAUUCACAUACUGCUUCUAUGGGAACAUUCUUCUCACAUCCAGAGAUGCAUUUUAAACAAAUACUCGUGUUGUAACAUGAUCUUUUCUUCAGUGUCUUCAUAAUGGUUCAAAUAAAAAUAUAUGAAAUCCC